AUGCUUAGAAGAGAUCCAACUACUAUCCAUUUGGUUGCAGAAGACAUCAAAGAUAUCGGACAAGGUGCCAACUAUGGAAUUAUCCAGCACCCAAAUAUAAUGGAAGCAGGAUCACGGGGUAAGCUUGAUUUGGAAGCUGUGAAUAAUGAUCCCGAUAACCAAAACUGGGACAGUUCUCUUGACGAAAGCUACUUGGGGAGUAGAAGUAGAGAAAGAGAAACAAAACGUGACACCGAACGCGAUAGGGCAAAUUUAGGAAGUAAAGAAAGAGAACAAGAGUUGUCCCAAGGUAACAUCAACAACUCUUUACUGAGAACUUUGGCAGAUUCCGAAGGACCACACGAUAAAGAAGAACAGCACAGAACCUCUGGAGUGUUCAGUAAGCCAUUUCCUAAUUGA